AUUUGGAAGAGACUCACUCAGUGGGACUACUACACGAGAGCACGGUCGUUUGAGAGCGUCAGAGUUAGUGUCGUUCAUGGACUGUAAUGCCCAGUGAAAUAAAUAUGUUAGAUUCUGACCCGUAUAAGGUACGUCUGCGUCAGUGAGUGCUCCCUUCAUACCUCUUCCAUCGCCUGACGUCUUGAGAAAACGGAUACGAUAAAGCUGUGUUGUGUUUUUAUUUCAAUAAGUGAAUCUAUAGUACCAGUGGUAAAAGCAAGUGUCUUUGUUGUGAGUUUUAUCAUUCUGUAACCCGCCAAGAUGUCUCCUGGUAUACUUCAAGAUACAAGUCUGCUUGAACUACAUUCAUCCGACACUGUGUUGCGUGCAAGGUGGGAUGUGGAUCACAAAGCAGUUGGUGGCCACCUACCUUUAAGUAAGAGAAACUCCACUCCAGUUGGAGCGUCCAUGGCAGCGUCUACCGCCCACUCCCAACUCCUUCAAGUUCAAGCUAAAACCCAGCUCAGUCCACUCACACAAAUGGAAACUCCCAAUCUUCACCGUCGCCUCGACCGCUCACACUCCGAGCCCGUUGUCAAAGGAGGGGAGGGUCGCCAGGCCAAUUCAUCUCGCUACAAGACGGAGCUGUGCCGACCCUUCGAAGAGAAUGGAUUUUGCAAAUAUGGUGACAAGUGCCAGUUCGCCCACGGCCAUGCUGAACUCCGAACUCUUACUCGACACCCUAAGUACAAGACGGAGCUGUGCCGAACUUUCCACACGAUUGGAUUCUGUCCUUACGGUCCCCGAUGUCACUUCAUCCACAACGCCGAGGAACGUCGAGGGGCUUCCGCAAGUGCAGGAACUCAUCCUCCCCUAUCUCCCAAGAAGAUGCUACAUGUAGCGAACUCGAUGGGAUUGGGAAGCACCGCCGAAUCUCCAACCCCACCCGCGUCCCUUCAUGGGUCGCCAACGUCAUCUGCAGGCUCUUUCUUUGAUGAUACCUUCUCUCUCUUCCCUGGUGGUGGAUGUGGCCUAUUGGACAACCUGGCUGUUGGCUUAGGCGGCGCCGGGCUGGGAGCGGGUCCUGGAUCCCCCAAUGGAUCUUCUUGCAGCGGCCAGGGUCUGAGUGAUAUGGAUUUGGUGCGGGAAGGCACCCUGCUUUCCCUAGCUGGGUUAGAUACUCCUCCGGUCAGCCCUGUAGAAUCCCUGGCAGGGGAUCUGGACUCCCUUUCCCUCUCCUCUUCCCAUUCCUCCUCUCCAACACCAGUGACGAGUGCCCUUGAUAUCUCCCGGUCAUUGAGGCUGCCCAUUUUUGAGCAGCUGAGCGAGCAGGAAAUCGUCGUGGGAGCUCAAAACGUGUGAUAAGCUGCAGCACCGCCUUGCAGAAACAUUGUGAAGGAGAUGAGAUGUCCAGUGCUUGUUUGGCUGCCGUGGCUGAUGUCUUAUGCUCUUGCUUCUCAUUCUCCACUCAGGUUUGAUGGAAACAUUCAUCAAUGGAGGUGGGAUGUGGUUCCAUGUUGUGACGUGGGUUUUGCUUGAUGUGUUCCCUCUUGAGCCCAGAAAUAUAGGUGAAAGUCUAGGAAGUUAGAUGUUUUGGGCCUAGUCUAUUUAAGUAUAAGCAAAGUUCUGCAGUAGUAACAUUAACAGUCCCACCUUUAUCCUGAUGGUGUUUUUCCAUCAGCCAAGAAAAAGUCUUCAGUUGAGGCUGUCGGUCACACCAAGCUUGCCACUACAUCACCUCUCAUCUCCCAAAAACCUUGUAUAGCGUGAAGUAUGUCGAGCCUUCAGGGAUCCUGCUGAACUUCUGGAUCUCUCCUCGUCGCUUGUGUACUGCUUGUGAUAUCGGGGCACCCCUCUGGUCCGUGCCCAAUACCCCCUUAGAGUAUAUGGAUUUAAAAUACCAGAGCAGGAGGAGUGAUCUCGAAGUUGCAGGGUAUCACUGGGUUCCAUACAAAACUAACACAGCUCUGUACAGAUCAAAGUUCGUUUGAGUUUUUCACCUUUUGUAAUUACGAAAGAACUUGUAUUUAUGUAAUUUAUUUAUUUGAGUGAAGUAGAAAAAGUAAUUUAUCUUUGUACUAUACCUAGAUGCCAUAACAGUUCGUGUUAUUGAGUUUGUCGCCUUACAUUUGAAUGUCGUUAGUCCAGCUCACUUCUGCUUAUCCGGCUGAAAUGUAUAAUUAUAAUUAUUGUAAAGUACAGAUACAUAGUAUAUAUAUUAUAUAUAUAGUCUAUAUAAAGCAUUAUGAAAUAUCCGUGGAUUCUUUUAAAUAGUGCUGGAGUAUGGAUGGUAGCAGAGGGGAAGUCAGCUUCUAUUGAACACUUGAUGGUAACGAGUGCAGCAAUUCUGUUCAUUUGCACUCCUUUGAGAUCCUUACAGAUCCUUAGAGAUCCUCACAGAUCCCCCAGCCAAAAUGGUGUCGGAUGAGCUGUGGACGCGGGUUUUAACGACAGAUUUUUUUUUUAUUUAAAUAUUAAUUAUUGUCUUCUGUCAUUGAUCAUAGCCAUAUAUAUACUGUAUUGAAAAAUUACUUUGGACGCCUACUAAAUUGAAGCAUUAAGGUUAUUAAUAUGCAAGUUGAAGAAUUUUAGGUUUUAGACCUGUCCUUCUUGUAGUAAGUUUCCCACCAUCCUCAAAACUGUCUUGUCAUUUUUUGUUUUCUUUCAAUGCGUCCUUCCUCUUUUGAAUACCUAAGAAGUACAAGUCCAUUUCUCGCCUGUCGUGUAUUUUUCCAAUUGAACGAUAUCACAGAAUGUAAGAAGUCAUCGAUUUUAUAAAUAUAGAUUUUGUCUAGACAAUCAAUAUUUUUUUCAUUUGAUUUUCUCUUAUGUUUGAUCAACCAUCACCUGGGUAAGGUCCACCAGGCUGUUUUUAUAUAUAUUUUUAUAUAUAAAAAGGUGCCACAGUUUUUAUGCCCAGCAACCAAAGAAGAAUGCAGUUUAAUUUGGUUCCGAAGAAUUUUUUUAUUGCAUCAUUUUUCACCGGAAGCCCCAUCAUGUAAUUUUUCUUUUCCUUCUUCUAUGAUUAGUUUUAUUUAUUUUUAUUUUUAGAGCGUACAACUUUCUGUCAGAUGCUUUAUUCGUUUUCUUCCGUUUUUUUCCAAAAGGCAGUUAUUUUUCCAAUAUAUAUAUUAUAAAUAUAUACAGUAAACAUAAUAUUAUAUAUAGAAUAUGAUUUUUUUUUUAUUUGCCAGCACGGCAAUUUACCUAUUCAGCGUUUUUAAUGGUUUCAUAAGCCAAUAGUUGUGAGGGUGAAUGCAACCCAGUAGAAAUAAUGAUAUAACGAGAUAUCCCAUUUAUGUUGGUUCCUGACACAUCAGUUCAUGUAUGGAAAGCAGCCAACUUUUUUUUUCAACCGAAAGUAAUGCAUUUUCACCAUAAAGGUUCCAUUCGAAAGGCUAAGUAAUUCCAAAGGAAACUUUCAAGGUUACCGUAGUUAAUAUCUAAUUUACUGAUUGAACAUGUCAAUGUCAUCAUGUGGGAGGGGUCCGUCCAUCCACGGUUGUAUGUGUCAGGUUCCACAUGAAGGGAGGUCGAAUCACAACUGAAGGCCUGCAAACUUGACCCUUAACACAAGGGGAGGUAAGGUCGUUUUAAAAGGUCACAAGGCCUCGUGGCGCCAGCAAACGAAAAAAAAUUGCCUUUUUUAAUUCUGUGUCAUGUACAUUGAAUCAUGUUUUGAGUUUUAUUUUUGUAUUGCUAAUUUAAAAAUUGGAGUCAAUUUUUUUCUUCCAUUUUGAGUCGACCUGGCACUCCCUCUCUGUUAAAAAACAAAAAAGACAUGCUGUGGGAAGGAAUGUUGCAUGGCCUAAUAAUAAUAAGAUAUUACGGAGUCUUUAAUUAUAUUGAUGACUAUGCCCUGUUCAAAUGCCAAACUAACAUUAUUUAGGGGAACAUUUUACGUGUUGUAAAUUCAAGUGUUGAGAAGAUAUCCUCACUGAGACAUUCAUUCCAAGUUUGGUCGAAGAGCAUUACAAGUAGUGUUUUUGAACCUCAAGCUAAUUAACCCACACCUUUUUAUUAUUAUUAUUAUUAUUAAAUUGGAUUUGUAAUAUUUAUGAAUCCUUUUACCUGAUCCUACUUCCUUAGGAGGCUCUUCCUUCCCCCCUUGGGGGAAUCCAAGGGGCGUUGCUCGCGCUUUAAGACGCCUCGCUCACUUUUUUUUUUUGUUUCCCCCGUUUUGGGUAUCUUUAUUUCUCUACGAAAAUGCUUAUUUUUUUCUUUGCUUCCAGAGCUCCUUAUUCUGGCUGUAUAUUAUAAUAUUAUUUAUAUCUAUUAUUAUUAUUAUAAUUAUUAUUAAUCGCUAGGAGUUUUUUUAAUUUAAAACAAGAAAUGAUUGAUGUAAGUUGUAAGCGAAAUGGAAAAGGUUUGCAACUGGCUUGUGACACAUCUUUAUUCCCCUUUCACUCCCCCCCCCCUCCCCCUUGCCGUGGCCAUGGCCUUCAAACACAGGGAAGACGCGUUAAUUCAGUGUUAACGGUCAAGUCUUGACUUUGUGGACUCAAGCCUUGUCCGAACUGCUUUGGAAAAUAAACGAGACAAAAAAAAAUAACGUAAUAGGAAUUGCAGUGUACAUAGAUGGAAAGAUUAACUAGAAAUGUCAUUUGCUUACAGCUGUUUUUCUGCCAUCUUGCCUUCAUGUAUUUUUGUUUCAGAGACUGUCUGUGUUGUACGUGUUUUAUUUAUGAUAUAAAAGUUGGGAGUCUGAAUAAAUAUCGAAGUCGUAAUGUGCCCAUUACGAGUUGUUUCGGCAUUUUUAAAAACAAGUGUGUUUUAGUUCUUUUAAAUUAUUCAGGAAAUGUUUGCUUUUAGUUAGUAUAUUUAUGAACCUUCACCAGCUGAUGAUUGUGUCCACAUCAUUUUUUGACAAAUGAAAUUGAUUUAUUUCUCACUUCAUUUAAAACAAAUCUCCCAACAAUGGCCCACCAUUGGAGGUCUUAACAGAUGCGUGUCUUCAAACGGCUGUAUGCUUGGAAUGGUUAUCAUUAUAAUCUCUCCAUUAAUUAGAAUUGUCCAAAAAAAAAAGUUGCUCUUAUUUGGAGGUAAAAUAUUUAAAAAUACAUGUGUACCAAGAGAGAAAAAUCAUUAAAAACUUUUCUAAUUUUCUAAUACAA